GAAGAAUGUAUCCGCCCCUAGUUCCACGUUCUAGGUUUUAGAUACAGCCCAAACUCCGAAUUUUGUUUUAGAGUGUUUUCGCCUUCCAAAUCGCACUUUCUUCGCAAUUUUGCAUUCCACAAACCCUAAAUCGUUUCCGCUCCUCUACACCUUCGCCAAUCCAGAAAUCAGAAUACCUGCCCAUGGAACCAGAACAGCAGCCAUCACAAGAGACCAGCAAAAAAGCGGCAAAAAAGGAGGCUGCGAAAGCAGAAAAGCUCCGCCGCCGUCAGGAAGCAGCCGCCGCCUCCGCCGCCGCAUCUGGCGUUGCUGGCGUUUCCAUUGACGCCCCUGACCCUCUCGCCGCCAACUAUGGUGAUAUUCCUAUUGAAGACCUUCAGUCAAAGGCUAUUUCCGGUCGUGUGUGGACCACCGUUAGCUCUCUCACCGAGGAACUCAAAGACCGUACCGUGCUAAUAAGGGGGAGAGCUCAGGCGAUUCGCGCUGUCGGGAAGAAGAUGGCGUUUUUUACUGUGAGAGAGAAGGGAUAUACAGUCCAAUGUGUGUUGACGGUGGCUCCUGACAUUGCUAGCGCUCAGAUGGUUAAGUAUGCAACUGCGAUUAGCAAAGAAUCCUUCGUUGACAUCGAAGGAGUGGUAACAGUUCCCCCAGAAGCAAUCAAAGGUGCCUCUCAACAGGUUGAAGUUCAAGUUAGGAAGAUUCAUUGCGUAAACAGGGCUGCUGCUAUUCUUCCUAUAAAUGUUGAAGAUGCUGCCAGAAGUGAAGUUGAAAUUGAGAAGGCUUUGGAGGCUGGAGAACAACUUGUUCGUGUUAAUCAGGAUACCCGUUUGAACUACAGAAUUUUGGACUUGCGAACUCCCGCAAAUCAAGCAAUUUAUCGCGUUGAGUGCCAAGUGGCAAAUUUGUUUAGGCAGUAUCUGCUAAAUGAAGAUUUUAUAGAGAUCAACACUCCAAAGUUAAUUGCAGGAAGUAGUGAAGGUGGUGCAGCUGUUUUUAAACUGGAUUACAAGAAACAGCCAGCAUGUCUUGCACAGUCACCUCAACUUCACAAACAGAUGGCAAUUUGUGGUGAUCUUGGACGUGUUUUCAUUGUGGGUCCCGUUUUUAGAGCUGAAGACUCCUAUACACAUAGACAUUUGUGUGAAUUCACAGGUCUUGAUAUUGAAAUGGAGAUUAAAGAGCAUUAUUCCGAGGUGAUGGAUGUUGUGGAUCGCCUUUUUGUUAAUAUGUUUGACAAAUUGAAUGAAAGAUGCAAGAAAGAGCUGGAAGCUAUUGGGAAGCAGUACCCCUUCACGCCUUUGAAAUACUUGCGUAAUACCUUGCGGCUUACAUUUGAAGAAGGGGUUCAAAUGCUAAAGGAAGCUGGCGUUGAGGUGGAUCCACUUGGGGACCUUAACACAGAAUCAGAAAGAACAUUGGGAAAACUUGUGUUAGAAAAGUAUGGAACUGAAUUCUAUAUACUACACCGCUACCCUCUUGCAGUUCGACCUUUCUAUACAAUGCCCUGUCCUGACAAUGCGUUGUAUAGCAACUCAUUUGAUGUUUUCAUCAGAGGGGAGGAAAUUAUUUCAGGAGCUCAACGUGUGCACAUACCUGAGCUUCUAGAGGCACGUGCAACAGCAUGUGGCAUAGAUGUCAAAACCAUAUCAUCAUACAUCGAUUCUUUCAGGUAUGGUGCGCCACCACAUGGUGGGAUUGGAGUUGGAUUGGAACGUGUUGUGAUGCUCUUCUGUGGCCUUGACAACAUACGCAAAGUCUCACUUUUCCCACGCGACCCUCGAAGGCUAGAACCGUAAUUUUACGUUUUGCAACAUGGGUUUUUGCCUUUUUGGUAUGUCAAACAAAAGCAGUUAACCGAAUUUAUAAUGGUGGAACAUUAACCUGCUGUUUUUGGUUGUAAAUGUUUACUUGAACUCCAAUUGGAAUCUCAUGACAGAAA